AUGUCCAGACAGUCCACCAUCACUUUUCAGACGGGCAGCCGCAGGGGCUUCAGCACUGCUUCAGCCUCCAGUCGCCCCCGCUUUAGCUCAGCCUCCGUGGCCCGCUCCACUUGGGGCAGUGGAGGCCUGAGAAGAAUUAGUGACCCUGGGGCCAGCUUUGGAAGCCGCAGCCUCUACAACCUAGGGGGGACCAAGCGGGUCUCUGUCAGUGGAAGUGGUGGCAACUUCCGAAGUAGCUUUGGUGGCAGGGCAAGCAGUGGGUUUGGGGUCAGCAGUGGAUUUGGCUAUGGGGGUGGUGGAGUGGGAGGGAGCUUUGGUGGCCCUGGCUUCCCUGUCUGUCCCCCUGGAGGUAUCCAAGAGGUCACUGUCAACCAGAGUCUCCUGACUCCCCUCAACCUGCAAAUUGACCCUACCAUCCAGCGAGUGCGGAAAGAAGAGAGGGAGCAGAUCAAGACCCUCAACAACAAGUUCGCCUCCUUCAUCGACAAGGUACGAUUCCUGGAGCAGCAGAACAAGGUCCUAGAGACCAAGUGGAGCCUCCUGCAGGAGCAAGGUACCAAGACAGUGAGGCAGAACCUGGAGCCCUUCUUUGAUGCCUACCUCAACGACCUCCGUCGGCAGCUGGACAACAUCACCACUGAGAGGGGCAGGCUGGAUGCUGAGCUCAGGAAUAUGCAAGACGUUGUAGAAGAUUUCAAAGUCAGGUACGAGGAUGAAAUUAACAGGCGCACGGCUUCUGAGAAUGAGUUUGUGGGCCUGAAGAAGGAUGUGGAUGUUGCCUACAUGAACAAGGUGGAGCUGGAGGCCAAGGUCAGCUGUCUGACCGACGAGAUCAACUUCUUACGGAUGCUGUAUGAGGAAGAGCUGUCCCAAAUGCAGACCCAGGUCAGUGACACAUCCGUGGUGCUGUCCAUGGACAACAACCGCAGCCUAGACCUGAACAGCAUCAUUGCCGAGGUCAAGGCCCAGUACGAAGACAUUGCCAACCGCAGCCGGGCUGAGGCUGAGUCCUGGUAUCAGACAAAGUAUGAGGAGCUGCAGGUCACAGCAGGCAGACAUGGUGAUGAUCUCCGAAACACCAAACAAGAGAUCGCUGAGGUGAACCGGAUGAUCCAGAGGCUGAGAAGCGAGAUUGACAACGUGAAGAAGCAGUGUUCCAGCCUGCAAACAGCCAUCGCUGACGCAGAACAGCGAGGAGAGCUGGCCCUCAAGGAUGCACGAGCCAAGCUGGUGGACCUGGAGGAGGCUCUGCAGAAGGCCAAGCAGGACAUGGCCCGGCUGCUGCGUGAGUAUCAGGAGCUCAUGAACGUCAAGCUGGCCCUGGACGUGGAGAUCGCCACCUACAGGAAGCUGCUGGAGGGCGAGGAGAGCAGGCUGAGUGGAGAGGGCGUUUCUCCGGUCAACAUCUCUGUGGUCACCUCCACAAUUUCCAGUGGCUAUGGCAGUGGCAGUGGCAGUGGCAUCGGAGGUGGAAGCAUGGGUCUUGGUGGGGGCAGCGGCUACUCCUUCACCACCAGCGGUGGACACAGCUUGGGUGUGGGCCUGGGAGGCUCCAGCUUCAGUGCUGGUAGCAGCCGGGGCCCUGGGGGGAAUGGCUCCAGUGUCAAGUUUGUCUCCACCACAUCCUCCAGCCGAAAAAGCUAUAAGCACUAA